CGGUUGCUUGGGUAGAGGGUUAAUGUGAGUCAGACUCCAGGCCUGAAUGACUCUGGGUCCUCAGGAAAGCCCAACUGUAAGAGCUGCAAGGCCGAGGCCCUGUCCUGAGUGCCACUACCCAAAGAGGACUGUGACCAAGACUCCUUGCCAUCUCUUGUCAUAGACCAGCCCUACUAAUGGGUCUGCUCCGACUGCUGGUACUCUGUAUCCUGGCCACAUGCUGCAGGACUGGGUCUCCACCCCAAGAGGUCCUCAAAUCCUCGCCUCUGCUUCCUCGGGGCUGCAAUGACUCAGAUGUGCUGGCAAUUGCAGGCUUUGCCCUACAGGAUGUCAACAAAGAACAAAAGGAUGGCUAUGUGUUGGCCCUCAACCGAGUGCACGAUGUCUGGGAACACAGACAGGAAGGCCUGGGAUCCCUGUUCUACCUCACGCUGGACGUUGUGGAAUCCAACUGCCAUGUGCUGAGCAAGAAGACAGGGGAGGACUGCGGGGUCCUUCAUGGGUCAGUAAAUGUUUGUUGUCAGGCUUAUGGCCAAUGUAAAGCAAUGUUUUACAUUAACCAGCCAAGAAGAGUUCUCUAUUUACCUGCUUAUAACUGUACUCUUCGCCCAGUUUCUCGAAGAAAACUUAAUGAUAUGUGCCCUGACUGCCCAAACCCCAUCCUCACUGACGGGUCGGAUCCCAGUAUUCUAGAAGCUGCCAGAGAGUCUCUUGCAAAAUACAACAAUGAGAGCACCUCAAAGCAGUAUUCUCUCGUCAAAGUCACCAGGGCAUCAAGUCAGUGGGUGUUUGACCCUACUUACUUUGUGGAAUACCUAGUCAAAGAGUCACCAUGUACCAAAUCCCAGGCCAGCAACUGUUCAUUCCAAUCCUCUGAUUCUGUGCCCAUUGGUCUUUGCAAAGGUAGUCUGACUCAAGGAAACUCAGAAAAGUUGGUCUCUGUGACUUGUGACUUCUUCACAUCACAGAUUCAGGCCCCUGAAGGUGAAAACUCUGCCGUUAAGCAGGGACCUGCCAGCCUCCCCAAGGUAGAAGAGCACCGGAAGAAAAAUGCAACCUCCUCCAAGUCUUCCUCCCAAACUGCACCAACGGGAUCUGUCCAGUACCUCCCCGACCUGGAUGAUGAGAAGCCUAAAGAUUCCCAGGGAAAGGGCCCUCAGGAGGCCUUCCCAGUGCAGCUGGAGUUAACCACAAAUCCCCAGGGAGAUACCCUGGAUGUGUCCUUCCUAGGACUCAAGGAGGAGAAGUUGGUUGUCCUUCCUUUCCCCCCAAAAAAUCAGCACUCUGAUAAGUGCCCAGGUCCUGCCCAAGAUGCCAACCCUCUUAUCCUCCCACCCUGAGAAUCACAGGGAAGUUUCUUUGAGGAAAUUUCAUGUGAUGAGGGGUGGUGGGACAGGACGGAGAGAGAAUGGGUUCAGAUGUAGCUAAUAAAGUGUGCCUUCAUUCUUCUGGGUCUCAAUUAUUGGCUGGAAAUGGAAAUAAUGAGACUUCCCACUUAGGCUGCCUUGGCCUCUGGACACCGGAAGUGGGUUGCAUCCUUUCCCAAACUGUGGUCUUAUGCCAUGGACAGAGGCCCCCUCUUGUGUCCUCAACCUCUCAUUUAUAAAGAUGUUUAUCCUUUCAGUG